AUGGACGUGAAAACGUUAGACUAUUCAAAAAUACCAUUGAUAGCAUUGAAAAAAACAACCCAAAACAUAUUAUCGGCUGGACUUAACCAACAUAAAAUCAUACCCAAUAACGAUGGCAUACCCAGAGACUGGAGAGGUUUGGGUCAUUUAAUUGGUUUGAACGGAGUCGAAAUGGGUUGGAUCGAAGCCACGCCUGAUCCAUUCUCAGCACUUUUGAAUCAUUGGGGUAAAAAUGGAAAUUUAAAUCUUCUUCAAAAUUAUUUAAAAAUAAUCGACAGGUUCGAUGUUUUGGAUGAUGCAAAACAAUUCAUAGAGUCAAACAGCCUUGAAUAUGCGAAAAACUUAAACAGUUUAAAUACCUCUGUCGCAAAUGUCAAUUUAGAAUCGGAUAAAGUUAUAUUGACGACAGAUGAUGUUAUAAGACUGGAAAACGGAAUGGAACCACAAAUCUACGAUGCUUACAUAUUAUAUGCUGAAGAAGAUGUAAAUUUUGCAACGGAAAUUAUCGAAACAAUGGAAUCAAAAUAUAAUUUAAAGUUAUGUGUCAGAGACAGAGACUUAAUUGGUGGAGUUCAAUUCGAACAUGAUGCCAUAACAAAAUUAAUAGCAGAAAGGUGUAAAAGACUUGUGGUUGUUGUGUCGCCGAAUUUUCUCAAAAGCAAAGCCAAUAAAUUUUUCGUCACGUUUGCUCAAGCUUUGGGAUUAGAUAUAAGAGAAAGAAAAGUCAUUCCGAUACUGUACGAAAAAUGUAUCGUUCCUCCGGAAUUGAGUUAUUAUUUUUGUUUAGACUACAGCCGUGCAAAUAAAUUGUGGAAUUUUUGGGAAAAACUAAGAGAUUCGAUACAGGCACCGGAAAUGUCGGAUAAAACCGGAAACGUCGUCUCCGUCAAAUCCGGGGAUAAAACUAACGAUCAUUGGAUAACGCGAACUCAUUUCGAUUCGAAAAAAGAACGGGGAGUAGAAGAAGAAGAAGAAGAAGAAGAAAAAGAUGAUGAAGGAGAAGUAAUAGUGAAAGAAAAACCCGGAAGUUCGACGACGUACAAACGCGUAGAUUCCAAAAUGUCGUCCCGUAAGAAAAAAAACGUUUACAAAUUGAUAAAAAACAGUUUGAGCAAAGCGUUGAAAAAUUCAAAUCAACAAACCAACGACAUGGACAAAACGACAAAUUCGAAACAAUCUAAAAAUUCCAUAUUGAAUUCUUUUUUAUCCGGGGAAAAAAUUUUGAUCGAAAAUUACAACAAUUCGUCGUCAAGUCUCGAACGUGACGACGAAAGUGACGUCAACGUCGACGACGAUUUCGAUUCGUAUAAUAAGAAAAUAUUGGGGAAAAAAAAAUUGAGUAAUAAAAAAAAAGACAAAGUCGUAGUCGAACCUUUGCUGUCGUGA